AAUGGCGCUAGCCACGAUUCAACGACUCCUUUACAUUUUUAAAAAUAAAAUCAAGAAUCGAUUCGCAUUACUCAGCUGUUGCCUCUUUCGUUUGUUGUUGUUAUUGUUUCAUCUCCGCUACGUCGCAAGCGUAACUUCUAACGGUUAAAUUUCUUUUUUACUUUUAAGCACAAAAACUAAAACAAUUUUGGCGCCAAAUUCCGCGUUACACCUCGCGCGGUCCGUCUCGGGCUCGCGAGCAGACGAAGUCGAAGUUUGAGGCGGGCGGGUGACAUUUAAAAAAAAAACAUUUUAAAACAAAAAAUUAACGUUUUUGUGAGGGAAAAGUUGCAUCAGUUUCUCGUUUAGAAGUCGUCACCGUUUAGGGUUUUUUUUCUGUCGGUGGCCGACGUUGGACGCUGCCGAGUCCGUGGGCCUGCGAGAAGAUGCGAGUCGCGCUCCUCUGCACGAGUUGGCUGGUUACGUGUGUGUCAAGCAUGGAGGUGCUGCACAACAUUGAAGCCAACAGUCUGUUUUACUACACGCUGAAAAGAGCCGACUACCUGACAUCGAUUCCCGAUUCCAGAAGCAAUGACCCAGUGACAUUCCGCGUGAGCGCGGCCGGGUCGCCCGACAGACCGCAGUGGCUACGCUACCUGCAGAGAACCCAGCAGAGUGACGCGGUCCUCUACGGCCCCCUCAACCCGGCCCACGCUGGCACGACCGUGCUGGAGGUUAUAGGGUACAACAGGAGGCUUUAUGGUACUGCCAGACACACCAUCGAAUUUAAAGUUCGUAAUUCUACAGUUCCGUUCCCAUACCAGGUGGAGCUCUUCCUGCGCAACUGGCAGCUGGAGCGGUUCAUGAACGGCAGCUCAAGGACGGAGUUUGUGAAUCUGCUGCGCCGGCUGUGGGGGCUGCGGCCGACCGUCGACCUGCGCAUUCUCGACGCCGCCACCCCCUCCGAUAGAGGGGGCCGGGUCCCCGUGCCCUCCGCUCAUGCCCACGCCGAAGGCCUGUACGUACGAGCCGGGAGUCCGCAGUCCUUCCCUCCCCAGCUGGUGGCAUUGAGACGCCAGGAGAUCCGGGACACGUGCCGUCGUGGGGAUACGCCGCGGCUGGACGUGGACCUGCGCUUGAGAGCCGUGGGCAUGGAGGUGGACUGGUGCCGCUCACAGCUGCUCGAUGUACCGGCAGAGGCGAGCGCGGCCAGGGGGUGGGGAGGAGCGGCCGUGCCGGCCGAGCGGUGGACGGGCCUCGAGGAGCUCGGGGAGUUCAGCCCUCCGGACGCCGUCGCCGCUCCCGCCGCCGCGCGCCACCUCGCUCGCGACUUCGCGCUGGCGCUCGGCGUGCCCUGCGGCGCCGCGCUGCUCGCCUCGCUCGUCCUUGCCCACGUCAUGUGCUGCCGCCGCGAGGGCAGAUCCAAGCGAGACAAACAAACUCCAAGCAUGCAACUGCUGCGGUAUCAGGGUAUCAAGCAAGCCACACUGGAGCUGAGGAAUCUGUCUUACCAGCGAGCGCAGGUCGCCCCCGUGGCCACGCGCCUGGGUUUCGACCCUCUCCGCCACGGCCACCCGAGUGCCCGCGGAGCUCACGUGCCGCUUGUGUAUCAUCAGCAGUGAUCAACCAGCCGGGUUUUCCGCGACACUACGCGGUGCAUGUCGUACGGCAGAAGAGCACGCGGUAAUCUGUUUUUGCAAACUUAUUGUCGGAUAAUGGUGACUGUGUUUAAGGUUGUGGCGAUAUGGCGAUACGCGUUGAUGGAAAUUUGCCCGUACACGGUACACUAUACUGGCACUUUCUUGAACAUUUCCCAUUCCUAUACAGCAAUGAUUCCAUAGGGGGGGGCGAUGGUGGUGUGUGUGAGAGAGUGUUGAGCGGGCGUGUCGCUGUGUAAGGCUGAGAGGAUGUGAAUGUGUAACAGUGUUGGUGUGAGUGUGCGAGGGUUUGUCUGUGAGUAUGAUUUUGCGUGUGAGGGUUUGUUAUGGGGGUGUGAGUACUCGAGUGUGUGUCAGUGUAAGGAUGUGUGAGAGUGUCUGUGUAUGAGGGUUUAUAAGUGCGAGUGUGUGUGUGCGCCAGUGUCAGCGAGUGUGAGGGUGUCAACGUGAGGGUAUGUGCAUGAGAGCGAGGGUGCGAUUGAGGGUGUGUGUCUCUUCCUGAAUAUUGGCUGCAGGACAAAUAGGGUUCAUACCGGUACUUGUACAGUUUACAUUUUGACCACUGGUGAUACAAGAAAUCAGUCAAGAUUUUGAUUAACCAGGUGAAGAGAUACCUGGAUUUGCAAUUGGCACCAGGGUCGCCAAAAUGACAAACCAAAGAAAUUCAUACAAAGUGCUACACAGCAAUGAAGCAUUAAGAAUGUACGUUGAACUUCUUUCACACUGUAUGUAGCCAACAUGAGAGAUUGAAAAUACAAAAUAUUUGACAUAAUAUCUAUGAUUAUGAUGUCACGUGCCAAGCAAUGCAUGAUGGGAGAAUCGGUCGAUCACGAUUGUGCCUCUUGGUGUUUCGAAAUCGCCGUUUGUAUUACAGUAUCAUUAAACGUAUUUGAUACUAAUGUGG